UUGUGUUCCCAUUUUUGUGUGGUCUUUAUCAUGUCUGUUUCUGCAAUACACAUAGUCGACUUGUUGGGCAAGUCUCUGAUAUCCAGGAACUACCGCCACAGCCACGAGUCUGAUGUGAUAGACAUGUUCAUGCCCACCGUGAUGUCCACGGGAGAGAUGUCGGCAGCACCGGUGCUACAGGUAGGAGACAUCACUUUCGCCUACGUCAGGACCAACAACGUGUACGUGGUAGCCACCGUCAGCAGCAACGCUAACAUCUCCCUCGUCUUCACGUUCCUAUACAAAGCACUCAACGUCAUGAAAGAGUACUUCAGGGACGUUCGGGAAGAGAGUAUACGUGACAACUUCGUACUAUUGUACGAGAUCUUAGACGAGAUCCUGGACUUUGGCUAUCCACAAAUCACCGAGAGCAACAUACUAAAGGAGUACAUAACUCAGGAGAGUAGGAAGCUAGGAACACCUAACGUCCCAGACGCUGUAACCAACGCUGUGUCGUGGAGAUCUGGCGGUAUCGUGUACAAGAGGAACGAGGUGUUCCUGGACGUCGUGGAGUCAGUCUGCCUCACAGCCAAGUACAACGGUGCUGUGAUCUCCAGUGAAAUACAUGGUUCGAUCAAAAUAACGUCAAAACUAUCUGGAAUGCCCGAACUGCACCUUGGAAUCAACGAUAGGCUGUUACGUGAUAAGGAAUCUACUGAAAACGGAAAAUACGUGGACCUGGACGAACUCAAGUUCCACCAAAGUGUUAGGCUGACGAAGUUCGAUCAGGAUCGUACUAUAACCUUCGUUCCUCCUGACGGUGAGUUUGAGCUGAUGUCCUACCGCAUCAAUACGUACGUCAGGCCCCCGGUCUGGGUGGACUGUGUGACCCGACUGUCCAGACAGCGUGUGGAGUACACGGUAAAGGUGACGUCACACUUCAAGAACCGUCGUUCAGCAAGCUUCGUCCACAUACUCAUACCAGUCCCCGGUGACGUUGACUCGCCCAAGUUUCAGUUUGGUGUUGGAACCGUGAGUUACGUCCCAGAGAGCAAUGUGAUCAAGUGGUCUAUCAAAAACCUGGAAGGAUGUAAAGAGUACUUCAUGAUCGCGCAGUUUGGCCUUCCUAGUGUCCCUAGUCUGGACAAGGAGACUUCGCGUCCAAUAGAGGUAAAAUUUGAGAUAUCCGCAUACAGCAUCUCCGGACUAAGUGUUCGUUACCUUAAGGUGACGGAGAAGAGCGGUUACCAGGCGGUGCCGUGGGUCAAGUACUUUACCAAGAGUGGAGAGUAUCACAUACGACCGCGGGACCCAGUAUCUGUCAAAGGAAGCUCUUAAAUCUAGGCUUACUGAACAGUGGACCAUUGAGCAUUUAGUUGUACUAAGUAGCAUAGCAGCUGUUGUAAUAGGCUACUGUUCAAUUUUUCGUUUGCACCUAAAGCAGGAGAAUAUACCUACCGUACUCAUAAAGAUUACUUAUGACGAUAAGUCAUGUUACAAAUAUA